GUUAGGUUGAGCAGCAACAGCUGUGUCGUGCCUGGAAACCGAAGCGGUUUGUGGUCUGUGAGAGGGAAACUGAGCAACUGGCGGCCUGGGCAAGCAGAGCCUGAAACAUCUGUUCCUGAUACAUUGCACCCAGACAGCAGCAUCAACAAAACGGGAAGGGAGCCAUGCCAAAAGAAAAGAAAUCCACAGCUGUCUGGGAAGAUGAAUCUCGGGGUUGUAUACUGCACACGUGCUUUGAUUCUUAUGAUGAUGGAGUUGUACAUUUGAAGGAAAUUUCUGUUUGGAGUGAAGAUGUGAAAAAGAUAUAUUUGAAAGAAAAGCUGGAGAGUAAAGAACAUGAUGAAUAUUCUCCAGUGAAGGAAGAUACUAGUGAAGAACAGGAAGAGGUUUCUGCUCAAAAAGACUCCAAGCUGAGCGAUACCAUUUCACUGUAUCGAGGUGAUAUAACAAAGCUUAAAAUUGAUGCAGUAGUAAAUGCAGCAAACAAAAGUCUGCUUGGAGGAGGCGGUGUUGAUGGCUGUAUCCACAGAGCUGCAGGACCCAAGUUGUUGUCAGCAUGUCGCCAGCUAAAUGGAUGUAACACUGGAGAAGCCAAAAUUACACUGGGCUAUGACCUUCCUGCAAAACAUGUCAUUCAUACUGUGGGACCUAUAGCAAGAGGAAGCUGUGAUGAACGUCUUAAACGUCAGUUGAGGAACUGCUAUGAGACUUCCCUGAAGCUGUUGGAGACUCAAGGGCUGAGGUCUAUCGCAUUUCCCUGUAUAUCCACUGGUAUCUAUGGUUUUCCACAAGAAGAUGCAGCUGAAAUUGCAGUUUCAACUAUUAAAGAAUGGCUAGUUGACAAACAAGAUCUGCUAAGAGAACUGGCAAACAAGUUUCCUUCUCAGUGCUUUUAUUGGAUGACACAUGCAGAAAACAUCAUGCCUCUUGGCCUUACUCUUUUCUCUUCGCAUAUUCAAGCUAAGAUCAGGAACUGCGCAUCUUCAACCAAAUUGCUUAAGGUGGAUCGUAUUAUCUUCUGUGUUUUCUUGGAAAGUGAUCACAAGAUCUACAAGGAGAAACUGCUUCACCAUUUUCCAAUAGAUGAAGAGGAUCUGAGUACAAACUCCCCAUCUUCAAAGAAGUAUGGAAAUAAAGAAUCAAUGGAAAAGAGCAAUGAUAAGAUUGAAGCCUCGGUGGAAGAGAGUGGUGAUGGAAUAGCAAAUAAUUCUCCAAAAAAGACAGAAGAUGAAAAACAUGACUCACCCGUACCUUUAGUUAGUCAUGAUGAUGACUUAAAACUACAUGAUAUGUGCAUGGACAGCCAAAUUGAAGAUAAACAAGAAGACACUGUAAUGCUUAGCCAGCCUUGUACCCAGAUAGAAGAAAUGGAAAUGGGUAGCUCCCAGCAACAGUCAGAGGGAGAAGAUAAGGAAAAUAAUGACCGCAUACCCUAUAUUGAUGAAUGUGAAGAAGAAAGUGGACAAUGAAGACUAUGUAUGGCUAAUGCAAGAUCCAGUGUUACCUUUGAAGGCGGGUUGUAGCCCUUUAGACCUCCAGAAGGCAUAUGGUACAAUUUUGUGCUCGAGUUUAGGUAGUCACCUUAUUCAGUUUUGUGUAUAAAAAAAUCUGAGUUGCAUUAUGUUUUGUAAUUGUGUUAUUGAAGGGAAUCUUUUGAUCUGAUGAUGUGCUUCUAAAUAAUAUUUUGACUGCCAGAGCUGUUGUUUUAUUGGUCAAUAGAGCUUUGCUCUUAAUGAGUUGUGUUCACCUCCAUUACAUCAGGAGUAUUAUGUUUUUGACACUGCUUAUUCAUAAAGAACUGACACUAAGGCAGCCCAAAAGUACAAUAUUGAUGUCCCAUGGAAUAUGCAAUGACUUUACCCAAGUUCUCUUUGUAAUCUUCCUCUGAUCUCAGAACUGACCUAAUGAUCCCAUUCUCUUUGAAUUAAAAUUUAAAAUUAAAAUAAAUAACUUUUCUGUAAUAAAAGAAAAAUCAAGAUAUUUUUUUUUGUUUUCUUUGCCAAUUCUUUAACACUGCACUAUGUUUGGUUCUCAGCCUGAAACAUAGAGAAAAGGUUUGGCAUGAGUUAGAAUGCAUUGUUACUCCAAGAGGAACCUAUUUUACUCCAGAACUAACAUACAGAAGUCGACCUAGUACAAUGAUAUUGUCUCUUUGUUUUUUCAUAAUUCCUCUUUUUCCAAACUUUUUCACUUUCUGCUUGCACAUACAGAUUGCCAUGUGUUUCCAUUUUACCUCAUUUCCGCUCAUCUCCUCCCAUCUGUUGAUGACACCGCAGGUAUUUAUUGAAUUCAUUUGUCUUCUGUAAGUCUUGGAAUUCCCAACAUAAGCUUUUCCUCAUUUCUAUUCCUUCUUCACUCAAAGCACUCUGCAAAUCUACCCUCUUAAACUGAAAAUUAGGUUAUCUGUCCUACUUGUAAGUAAGCACCAAAAUUAUUCCUGUGUAGUAUCAAAUAAGUACUAGAUUAAAGGUGCCUCAUAACAGUAGAAAUGUCCAUAAAUUUAACUCUGGUGUGAAAAAUACAUUAUUCAACCUCUGAAAAGGAAAAUCAGCAUCUCUUAUCUACUUUAUCUGUCUGAUAUUGGCAAACCUGCUGAAUAUUUGUAGCAUUUUUUAUAUUUUUGUCCAAAAAAAAGAAUUGACUGGUGACUUUUCUUUCACCAAGGAAGAUAUUGCUGAGAAAUAACAUACUCCUGUUAAACUAAAACUAACUCAGACUUCAUGCACAAUCAGUAGCUGCUAUUAACUGGGAUUAUUAACCACAAUAUUUACUUGUUUGAAAGAGACAUUGGCUCAUGGAGGGAAACUGGGAAUAACUAAUUUUAAAUAGAGAAAGAAACAAUUCUCUGGAGGAAAAGAAAACAAGUGUCCAACUUUAUUUUAACUAUUGCCAAGAUUUGAAGUGAAGACUACUUUCUUGAGCAGACUACUUGCCCCAGUUAGAGAAAGGAAAGGGCUGAAGCAACUUUUAUUAAUACUGCAAUGUAGCAAGGUACAAAAAAAGUACAUCAGUGAACCGAAAGAACAUUUGAUGACAAAUGUUUGAACUGGGUUUUAAUCGAAAUUCUUUAAUAGUUCUUAAAUAAAGGUCGUUGAGAGGGUGAGAGGUUAAGCAAUGUAAUUCCAGAGGGCUCUGACAUCUCAAUGUACAAGCUCUAACAGUGCAGCAAUGAAAUUUAAGCGUGAUCAUAAGGCAAGCUUCAGAGAAUCAGUUAUAUGCAUGAUUGUUAGUCUGGCAAAGAUUAAAGAUUGUGAAAGGAGUGAUCAAAUAGGUUAUUUUGAUCAACUCUGAGUUUGUAAAAUAGGAUACAGUAUUUACUUCAUUUAGCACAUAGAGUAGAUCAGCAACAUGUGGAUAAUGGUAAUAGGAUUUGAUGGAGUUAGGGCACAGGCAUCCAAGAUUUGACUGAGUUCUAGGUUAUGGUAAGUAGUGUAAAAGAGGAUGGUCAGAAAUGUGAGUAAGGCAAAGCUGUGGAUGCUGAAAAUCUAAAAUAAAACAGAAAAUGCAGGGUGCAUUCAGAAGUUCAGGGAAAAAUAGAAUUAAUGCUUCUGGUUGACGACCCUUCAGAAUUAGGAUCAUCGAUUCUGAUGAAGGACCUUUGAUAUCUGUUGAUGCAUCUUCUCACUCCAGAGAUGCAGUCUUCCUUGGUGUAUUAGAAUACUCAGUCUACAGGUAAAAAAUGUCCCAACAGUGACAAGGCUGGAGUCAAACCAAGUUAUGGAAGUGAAGCUUGUAGCCAUAGUGAUAAUCUGUAAAACAUAAAUGGCAGACUAUUAUAUUACCUGUGAGCAAUUAGGCCUCAUCCUUUCUCUUAUAGUAGGUGUCAGUUCAGUCCAUACUGCAGGUUUUUUUCCCUUUCUGAUUCAAUACUAACUCAUAAUUUUAGAGUUAAUUUUGUCACUUCUUUGUGCAGCUUAAUUGCAAAAGUUACCCCUUUCCAGUGCAGACUAUGUUCCCUAGUUCCACCCUUCUGAACAAGAUGAAAUGAUUUUGUGUGUCCACACUGGUCAAACCAUUGGAAUGCUAAAAAUGAAAUCACUGCAGCCACUACCUAUUAACUCUGCAUGAAUUUCAUCUCUCAGCCAUCUCUUUUCCAGAAAGCACAUAUCCUGCUAGGAUAAACACUCUUUUAUAAUCCAUUCCUGCAUUGCCUCUAUCUUCCUGGUUAUCUGCUUCCCUAUCCUGGAGCAGAGAAAAUGAGAUUUAGAUUAAACAUAGUAUCUUACUGAAUCUCUGGAUGUCACAACAUAUUUCUUGCAAACUAAACAAAUCCUUAAAUUUAGUCACUGUUUUGAGCACCCACUUUGUGAGACAAAUGCUUUUGUUUAUUCAGUGAGGGAUGUUGCGGAACAUUUUUGAGCAUCCACCUGAGACGUAAAAUAAGCUUAUGCAUAAAAUGCCAUGUCUGACAACACAGUAAUUCCUUAGUACUUAAGUGAGAUCCUGGUCCAAGCCUUUGAAGUGGGUCUUAAGUAAAAUACAUUAUUCUAAUUGCGGUGGUCAACUUCAGGAUAACCUCCACCAUUUUGGUUAAUGAGCUUUGAUUGAUCCCCUUUUAAGAACUACUACGCUUACAAUUAUUUUUCCCAAAAUUGACCAGAAAGAGACCGUUUGGCCCAUUGUGGCUGGCCCAUUUCUUUGGUAAUUUUUUAAAUUUCUCACAGAGCUUUAGCUGGUGCCAAAAUGAAUGUAAAAUGAACAAUCUGGGCAGGACUCACACAACUGUUACCAAGCUGACUCUUAGAUGCAUUGUUUAAUUGUGCUGAUGUGCAGUGUGAUAGAUUAUGUCAGCUAUGUAAAACGUAUGGAAGGAAAUACACAGAUCAUUUUACAUCACUCAUUAUAAAACCCCUGGGGCUGAUUUUCUCACACCUAUUUUACCUUUGACACCCAUCAGAGUUUGCCAAGACAGUCAUCAUUCUUGUCUAAUCAGGAGCCUAGUUUCCAAAUCUACUGUUCAAAGCCCUUAAUUCUGUCUAAUUUGCAAUGCAAAUGUUCAGAACACUCUCUUUAUUAGCUUUAUGCAUCCUUUAAAACAUCUGGCAGUGCAUGCUUGCUUUAGACAAUGUUUAGAUAGAUGUCUUACUUUUCUGAGACUUCCAGAAAGAGCAGUUUCUUUUUCCUUCAAUGUUUUAAAGUUUUGCUUUACCUGAUGGUUAUGUAAUAGUAACUGGCAGUUGUUGUUUAAAAACUGGAACCAAAUAGAUAAAAUUGGAGAUUAUCUUGCUGACUUACUGCCGUAUUGUUAACUCAUUAAAUAGCCAGCAUUACCUAUUAAACAUGUUUUUUUUUCUGUUAUUCUCUCUGUGCCAUGAAUUUGGGAUGUAGUCAAUAGAAAAUGAUGCCUUCACUUUAUGUCUAUUAAAUAAAAUGAACAGUAAUAGCA